AUGGAGGUGUCGGCCGCGCCCCUCGACUUCAGCCUGGCGGCCGUGCGGGGCAGCCGCGAGCAGCCCGCGGGCCUGUCGCGCGCCACCGCGCACUCCGCCUUCCGCGUCGUCACGCCCGCCAAGGCCAAGACAGAAACGAGCCCGCCCCCGACCGGCGCCAUCAAGUUCGCCAUCAGCCGGCUAGUGGAGCGCGCCGAGCCGCCCCCGCCGCCCCCGCAAGGUCGGAGUGACGUCACCACGAUGACGGAGGCGGCCUCCCAGCCGCAGGCGGAGCGACCGCGAUCGCGCACGCCCUCGCCGGAAGCCGAGCACGACCACGACCCCGACUGCGACGACGCAGACGUCGACGUGGACGUCGAGGUGGAGGAUAGCCCGCCGCCCUCACCGGAGCCCGUCACCCAGGUGCCGCCCCCGCCGCCGCCCCCGCACCCGGCGCCGCUCAAGCGCUCCGAGACGGACCCCAGUGGCGGCGGGGACUACUUCCUGGCGCGCCAGCUGUCGGCGCCGUCGGCGGCGAGCUUCGCCUUCCCGCCCUCGCUGUACCCGUCUGCGGCGGCCGCCCACCAGCAGCAGCACAAGGACCUGGUCGACGGCAACCGCAACCUGCUGGCCGCGCCCUCGCUCUACUUCAGCCUCGGCGCUGUCCAGGGCACCGGGGGCGGCUCGGGGGCGGCCGGCGCGUCCGCCGAGGAGGAGCAGCUGUUCCGGCUGCGGCACUCGCUGAUGGGCCAGUACCACGACCACCACCACCACCAUCUGCUGCGCGGCGUCGGCGUGGGCGUCGGCGUGGGCGUCGGCGUCCCGCUGGGCGACGUCUACAGCUGCGUCAAGUGCGAGAAGAUGUUCUCGACGCCGCACGGGCUCGAGGUGCACGCGCGGCGCUCGCACAACGGCAAGCGGCCCUUCGCCUGCGAGCUCUGCAACAAGACCUUCGGCCACGAGAUCAGCCUCAGCCAGCACCGGGCUGUCCACAACGUGGAGAAGGUCUUCGAGUGCAAGCAGUGCGGCAAGUCGUUCAAGCGCUCCUCUACGCUGUCGACGCACCUGCUCAUCCACUCGGACACGCGGCCCUACCCCUGCCAGUUCUGCGGCAAGCGCUUCCACCAGAAGUCCGACAUGAAGAAGCACACCUACAUACACACCGGGGAGAAGCCGCACAAGUGCCAAGUGUGCGGCAAGGCGUUCAGUCAGUCCUCGAACCUCAUCACCCACAGCCGCAAGCACACGGGUUUCAAGCCGUUCGCCUGCGACCUGUGCGGGCGCGCCUUCCAGCGCAAGGUGGACCUCCGCCGCCACAAGGAGACGCAGCACACGGAGCUGAGGCCGGUGGCGUAGUGGCCGCUCUGCGGCGGUGCCGCGCCCUCCGCCGCCGCCGCCUCCGCCACCGCCGCCUCCGCCGCCUCCGCUGCCCCCGCCUUUUCGCCCCCGCCGGGACACCAUCCGGUGCCGCCGCGCCAGUAGAAGAUUCCAGAAUCCAGCUCGCCGCCUUCCUACUCGCAGCGAAGGGGGGUGCCGGAUCCGAGAGGUGUGCACCUCUCAGUACAGCAGCAGAGACUGUCGGGUUUGUCGACGUGCGCAUCACUCACGCCGACAAUCGCCUGGAUCGACGACAGACACUGUGCCGACUCCAGCAGAGGCCGCGGCUGCUCCACUUCCGCGGACGCCAUCAGAAGGCAGAACGUGCUCGGAAGAGACUCGAAGGAAGUACGAAGGAACUCGUCCCAUACCUAUGUCUCCUCGAGUCGUCUCAGAAGCACUGUGGACGAUAGAAACUUUGUAUUCUGUUACCUCUGUAAUGGACCUCAGUGUUUCUGGCAUUUCUGGAGAACGUACGCUGGCGCUUCUUCACGUACAAAAUGUUAACGUUGCCACGACCGCUGUGGACGAACAAUGACGACACUCUCUCUUCUGAAUACGGAAGCUACAGUGAAGUGUGUACCUUGUUUAAUUGUGGAGCAAAACAGAUUCUGGGACGUGUAUAUUUCAAGAGGGGCGGACUUCUAACGAUGAGCUUCAAAACUCACGUUUCCACUAAAGUCUUUCUAAUUUCCCUUCGGCAACUCCGCUGAACUGUUAUAACCGUCUGAAUCUUUCAAAGUGCAGGUAAUGCAGAAAUGACAACAUGGAUCUCUCAUUAACGGUACUUUUAUUUCGCAAAACCGGUUUCUGGUCCGCUUACCACCUUCUGGGAAUUAUAGAAGCUGUUCGAAAUUUGUAGCGGUUUUAGUGCAUGCAGGGACAUUUUGGAGUCUCGUACUUCAGUGGUAAUGCGAUAAAUUACGGAAAGUAAAGCACUACACAUUUUGUUGCUGAAAGAUAACGUGAGAUGUAAAUGUAUAUUCGUUCGAGGCCGGUUUAACGAAAUAAAAUAAUCGUUAAUUACCCAAUCUCCGUACACCGACCUUCCGACAAGUCAUGGAAAGACCUGUUACAACAUCUGUAAGCAGUGCUGAUGAUACAUCUAGCUUUGUUUAUACGUCUUAUUUUAUUUGCAAUUGAUGUCAGUGUUAGUUUAUUCCAUCUCGAGGCUCAUCUCUGACACUAGGUGAUGGUAUGUAUACCGGGUAAUCAUCACAGUACCUUCUGUGAGAUGUAUAAUGCUGAUUAGCAUGUAUUCUCACAAUCGCCUGGUAUAAUAGACGCAUCUGGAGAUGAUGUAAUGUAACACCUAAAUCGAUUGCGAAUGAAAUAAGACCUGCAAAUACAGCUGUAUGUGUCAUCCCUACUAUAUAAACAUAAUCGUUUAUGUGUUGUUAGUGACUCUCAUUACUGCAUUACCUGCCGCAGCAGUCAUUUAGCCUUACCUAUCCUGUCUGAGUAAAAUAAUCUUUCAAAUUCGACAAAAAUUCCAGAAUGUUAUUUUGUUCCAGAAUCAUUCCGUUUUGCUGUUGAAACAUAUCAAAGUAUUUCGGAUACUGUUGCUAAACCAAAGUAAUGUGUUAAUAAAACAUUAUUUACCAAAGUCUACCAUCGAUGGUACAGAAAUUUAGAUUUAUGAAAUGACUCAAGUAGCUCCGAAAGCUGAUAGCUCUACCUUGAGAACUGGGUCUAGGAGACCGUGAUUUCGGCGAAAUUUUCAGUGCAAGUCGACGAUUAUUUCUUUAAAACUGUACUAGGCUUUUUCGUACAGUCAGAUAAUUUGUUACCAAAGAAAAUAAUAAGCUAUUAUUUAUUUAAAUAUUUAUGACAUGUAGACGAUACAUUUGUUUGAUGUGAGUGUUAUUAAUUACAUAUGCGAAUGAAGUGAAUUUUAUCGGAGAUGUGUGAAUAGUUGUGUAUGUCAUUGUUCCUGUGAUAACAAGGUGUGUAGACGGUCAGACUGACCUCUUUGUGUGUGUGUGUGUGUGUAGUGUCGCCACACAUUUCAUUAGCUCGUUCCAUAUCGGACAUUCCUCCAACUCCAUCAUUCCGAUUCCAGGUGUAAUAUAUUGUUUGUCGGCAUAGUGCAAUGUUAUGUACAAAAUUAUUUUUUUAAUAUUUAGAGAUCUAUAGUUUUACUUGGUAUCAAUGUACAAGGAGAAAUCGGUAGACGUUUCUGAAACAUGAACAGGUAAUAAUUCGCUUGACUUUGAUGCAAUUGUAGCCAAACACCAAAGCUCCAUAUUUAUUCAAGAGAUGUCUUGACAUCCGGUUGGCGCCUGAGGCUCGCUAUUUUUUUGCUACGUGUAUUUGGUACCUGCUUUACAGAGAGGGUUUGUAUACUUGUUUCUCGUUGCAUACAGAGAAUGUGAAAGCGGUAUAAGAACUGAACGAGAUUACUGAACAGUACAAUAUCUAUGAGUGUUUUCAUUGUUGAAUGUAAUCGCAACAACUGACUUUUCGUUAAGGAGAAAUGCGUGAAUCCUUACAUAAAUGAUUAGUGAUAAUGAAUUCCAGUUAAAAAUGUAAUAUUUAAUGACUUAUUGCACUCUUCUAAUUUGGGAAGUCUACUAGGUCACUAUCAGUGACGCAAGAACAACGAAAUUUAGCACAACUGCAUAAACUUUCUUAGUUUUCAGAUUACAACUCAUUUUAAAAUUUCGAUUGGUUCCUUGAGUUUAUCAUCUUCAUCAUAUUCUCUUGUGAGUUUUAACAUAGUACGAGAAGUAUGCCUCCGCUUCGUCAGUGAACUUCGAUUUGUGAACGUUUGUUACACAGCGCUGGCAGCUUCCCAGUCAUACCAAUACUAGCCAUAAAAGUAUUCUUACGUGAGCCUACUGCUCUCUUUGACACUCUAACAUUAAAAUUGUCAGUUCCAGAAUAAGGAAAUAAGUGUUAAUGACAGAUACUGGUUGAAUCCCGCACUACCGCGUUGGUCCACGUCCUAUCGGAAUUGGUUUCUGUGUUGCUUUUAUCACGCCCGUUGCGAAGUGCCAAGUCUGUGUCUGUCUUCAUUGAGGAUUUAUAUUAACUUACCAGUGAGAAUGGAAAGAAAGCAGGUAAACUACUCGUUUCGUGUUGCCAAAAUUAACAUCCUCACCAGAUGGACGGUUCAACAUCAAUAGCGUCUUAUGGUCUCGCAAAACGAGUCACUGCGGAAAGAUUUAGAAUUUAGUUUGUAACCUUGGCUCAAAAUCCAGUGUUCAGAAGUUUCACACUCACUGUGUCGGCCAAAUAACGGCGAGUAAAGAUUGUUCCGCUCCUAGUAAUUCGAACGGUCCGCCAUGGUACCACCAUGGUACUGUUACGCUCUGGCGACCACGACUGGUCAAGGAUGUUCACCUUUCAUCGUACCAGCAGCUGUGCAACUGUUAUCAGGACAUCUCCUCUGCGUCAGUAACAUAAGACUUUCGCAGAAGAGCAACUACGUCUGCAGUAUACAGUCACCAGAUUGUGAGACGAUGAAGUGCUUUUUUUAAAUCAUUAUGUAUUUAUGUGAUCGCUAUUCCGCCUGGUGUGAUGAGGCCCGCCACGACUUCUUCUCUGAGCCAAUGUCUUAUCUUCUGAUUUGCUCUUGCACUCAACGUUCUUCAUUAUUUGAUUCAUAUGUUUCGACAUUUCUUCUGCAGUUAUUUCCCUCGACAUCUCCUUAUAGCACCACACACGUUAUUUUGUUAAGUCUUACCAUAAUUGCUGUCAUCCUAUUGCUUCUUAUAGGCAGUGUCUUUGAGAUAUACCAUUGUUCGCCGAUCAUGCUGAGACUACACAAGCAACUCACUACGUUCUCCUCCCACCACUGAAGGCAUUAUCCGUUUCAUUAGCGCCAUCAAAUUGAGCCUCCACGAAUCCUCCAUCAAGCCACUCUGGCUGUCAGUUCCUUGUAUCAUAUAUAUAUGCAACGUAGGUAGAAAUAUCCUCACCACCACCAACACCCCACAGACCCCAUCUCCACAAGCCUCACAAAUUACAUCUCCUAACUUUUCUUCCAUACCUGGGGCUCCAAUGUCAACUACUUAUUCUCAUCCUUUGUCCACUCUCCAUCGGAAUUUUGUCCUAUCAACCUGUUACCUUGAGGUGGUCAGCAAAGAAGAACCGAUAUCAUUAACAUUCCUCAGCAACUCAUCAUCUCCAAACAGCUCACCAUACAAAGUCAACCCCACCGAGUUCACAUCACUGUGCAUCGUUUAUCACCUCUCAAUAUUUUUAUACCACUUUUAUGUUUUAAAGCCUGUACACUGAUGAGCGACCAUAUCACUGCUGCCAGCUCAUGAGGAACUGAAAUUGCAACAAAUGAAAAAAGUUCAGGCUUACGACGUUCCAUGCUUCUUUAUCAGCACGUUCCCUUCAAAGCUUUAGCCGAUUAGCGUAUUUUCUUUCAUACGGAUCUCCACAGCAAAGUCGGCAGACUUGGCGGUUGUGGAUACGCCAGGACAGGCACUCCGCCGCCUGCGACGCAAACACGCGGGCCCCGGCGUUCCCUAAGAAGCGAGCGGCGGCCGUCUCGGGUUACGCCUCACUCUGCCUCCGCUCCGCCCCCCGGCGUGCUGCUGAAAGCACUCCUCGCUCAAGAUUCUCGCCGGAUACUUCGGAGGCGGUUUCCGAUGUCAGCUCGCUAGCAGCGCGAGGGGCCGCAGGCGGGGGGCGGAAUCUCGUUUAGGCGGCAACCCCGGACCCGCUGCCGCACCUCCGCAAUGCGUUCACGGCCUGCGGGGGCGGAAAGAUUUUGGCGCCCGCGUCGCGUUACCCGACGAUGCCGGCGCGCCAGGGGUUGCAGCCCCCUCCACCCUAUUCCCGUAACAACCCCUUCAUUUAUUCCGUCGCCUUAGGCGUCUCACCCCUCUUGUCCGCACACCUUUCGUUGUUCAUCCGUCUCACAAGUUGCCAUCGUGUUCCUCGCUGACUCGGCGCUUUCGUGUUUCCUCAUCACACUUCCACCAACUGACUGGUCUCGAAUGGUUCUCCUUCAGUCUUACCCACUCAGCGCGCAUUUUACAGUGGAUCAGAGAGCAUGAGCGGAAGUUAUUCCACAAAAAUAGAGUGCUUUGGGGAGAAGGGAGGGGGGAUUCAAGUCCAACUGCCUGUUAGCCGCAACUAAAAAUCCACAACUUUUUUUAAAUAUUGGCACUGGCUCUCAUUCCAUGCACCUCAUUAUUCUAGGAGAUUACGUGUGUGGCUAGGGUCUCCCGUCGGGUAGGCCGUUCGCCUCGUGCAAGUCUUUCGAGUUGACGACACUUCGGCAACUUGCGUAUCGAUGGGGAUGAAAUGACGGUGAUAAGGACAACACAGCAGCCAUUACCUGAGCGGAGAAAAUCAACGACCCAGCCGGGAAUCGAACCCGGGCCGUUAGGUACGAUUUUCCGUCGCGCUGACCACACAGCUACCGUUCCAGGAGAUCUACCACACGAGCCACUUACAUCUAAACCUCCAGCUGUCCGACACUCAGACCAGUACCAAAUGUUGGAUAUAGACAGAGUAUCAACGAAAACACCGAUUUAGUAUGUACUGUGUGCUGUCGUCCAGGAGGAAGGGCGUAAACGUUAAUUAAGAGUAACACCAGACCUACGAAACACACGAAAGGCAUAACUGUGAGUACCUAAUAGGUAUAGGUUCCGUGGGGAAGUUACUGUAGCGUUAGAUCAUCGUAGCAAAGACCCUGGGUUCAUGCCCCAAUGAUGACAAUUAUUUUUUACUGUAUUAUACGUGAAAGUGUUGUAUGGGACUAUUAACACUUCCGCACGUGUGAAUCAAUUGUUUUUUAUCCUACUGUUCCGAUUAUUUAUGUUUAUUCUGUGAAAUUAUAAAUGAACUAGCUGCUUCAUCACUAGUGGAGUCUGCUCUGUCGCACCUGUGCGACAGAGUACACACCUAUCUAUACAAAUGUUCCUAUAAGUUUGACACUUUCAGCUAACGAAACGAAAGCAGACUGCAAAAGAACAUUGCUACAAGCUCCGAAAAGUCCUUUUACAUGUCAGGAAAAUGUUCUCCCAUGUAACAGUUUUAUGCGUAAAUAGUUAAAAAAAUUGUGUGUAGUGUGGUUUGAACGCAGGACCUUUAAAACCACGAAUUCAUGCUCCGCCAACUCCUCUGCCAGAGAUCUGCAGGGCCACCGCACACAGUUAUACUUUUACUGUACUCCGUGGUUCUUGUGUAACUUUUGAUUACCGUCUAUGGUUCUUCUGGACGACAACACGUAGCACGAACUAAAUCAUUGUUUUGGUUGAUACUCUAUCGACGCACAACGUUUGGUACCGAUCUGAGUGUCUGAUAUCUGGAGGUUUUGGUGUUGGAUCCAAACAUAGACUGAUGCUUAAGUUCCCAAAAACUUCCAUAAUAAAGUAGUUCUACGUUCUAGGGGACUGAUGACCUCAGAUGUUAAGUCCCAUAGUGCUCUGAGCCAUUUGAACCAUUUGAACCUCCGCAGACGAAGUCGCUAGCACAGGGCUGAGCGGUAGCUCUCGCAUCAAAGGAGGGCUUUUCGAGCGCUGAUGGUGAAAGGAAUUUCCACAGUGACUAUAUGGCCUGCGAGGGGUUUAUAUGUGUUGGCGUAGAGUUCCUGACUAUCAGAUUCUGCGGCAAUUUCCUGGAUUAGAUGCCAAACCACUCUGAGAUGUCUCGUGCGGUCAAGAUAGCUAUGUGACACUGUUGAUGGUGAGCCUGACCCGUCUACCGAAUAGGGAUAGUAAACACGGUUAUUUCACCCCCUACGUUCUCUCAUCAUAAAACACAUUCAUGACAGCACAGUACAUGGACAGCCAUUCCACUGUCGUACACCCAACAGAAUCACAUGAGACACAAGUCUAACGAAUAUGGCUGUUGAUAUACUUUCCGGGAUGUGAGGUCGUGGUCCAAGA